UUGAGGCAUCGGGCCACGCGAAUCCUGUUCUGACGAUGGAAGAAGAGACUGCUCCCGAACAGCGCCUUUACUCCACUUUUGAACGUCACGGGGAAUUUGUUGAGAAGCAGAAUCAACUAUUGGCCUUGGAUCUCACUCAGCAACCCACACGGGAGGAAGAGCUUUAUGAAGCAUCUCUGUUCCGUCGAAUAUCGAAUAUACUUGACGAAUACCAGGAACAAUCCUACCUACUCGACCCAUAUCUAGAGCAACUCGUUACCCCCGUCAUCUCCUGCAUCAAAGCUCAUGCUCUGCACGUCUCAAAACUCAAAGGAGAAGCCGACCGCACGGAUCCUGCCCGAAUAGAGCGCAUUGCCAUGCUACUGUAUUGCUUUGUCAAAAGCCGGGGCUACAAGACCAUCCUCAGAUUCUUCCCGCACGAAGUAUCCGAUCUAGCGUUAGCACGUGCUUGUAUGGGCGGUAUCGCCCAGGAACCUCAACAAUGGGCCUUGCGCUACGCGGGAUUACUGUGGCUGACUCUCAUCUGUGUGAUUCCAUUCGAUCUGUCGCAGUUCGAUGAGGCGGCACCUGACGAGACUGCUAACGCGCUUGAAGCGAUAGCGCGGCCGCUGCUCAGUAAGGCUGGGCUCGAGCGCGAAGGGGCAGUGGUCUUCCUGGCAAGAUUCUACGGCAGGAAGGACACACGCUCCCGAUUCGCCCCGUUUCUGGCCUGGGCCGAAGCAUCCGUUUCGGCUGUUGAUGACUCCUUCCUGAUAACAGGCAUGCUACAAGUGCUAUGCGAGAUCGUCAAGUCAGCUCCGGCGGACCUUGUACAAACCCACGUGCCUGCUUUGCUUCGCAUUGCAGAAGCUGUUCCAAAGCAGGAUAAGCUCAACAGUAAUACCAUACUGAGAAAGUUCCGGACUAAGCUUGUGGGGAGAAUUCCUCUCCGCAUGUUGCCUGUUGCGUCGAAGCGUCAAGCUCGUUCACUGACGGGCGGCGUGAUUCUGGCUGUGAAUCACACGGAGAUCGAAGUUCCGGAAGAGGUCGAGACUGUGCUGGAGCAGCUUUUCGGCAACCUACAAGACAAAGACACAAUCGUGCGCUGGUCCGCCGCCAAGGCUGUCGCGAGAAUCGCAGAGUGUCUCCCAGCGGACUUUUCGGAUCAAGUGCUGGAGACUGUCCUGGGUCUGUUCACCAUACAUUCCGUCGCGGCCGCCAGUCUGUACGAUCUGCCUGCCAUUGCGGAAAGCACUUGGCAUGGCGCCUGUCUUGCUUGCGCAGAAAUGGCGCGACGAGGACUGGUCUCUACCUCGGCCCUUCCGACCCUGAUGGAAUGGUUAUCGAAGGUCAUUCAAUCCUGAUCCAGUCCCAGAUCUAAUCCAUCUUGAUCUAAUCUAAUCUAGGCCCUGUAUUUCGAUCUUCGCAAAGGCUCGCAUUCGAUCGGGUCGAAUGUCCGUGACGCGGCAUCUUACGUGCUGUGGGCUCUAGCGCGUGCUCAGGACGCUGUUUCCCUUGCCCCGCACGCCGAAAAGUUGGCCCGUCACCUGGUGACGGUUGCUUUAUACGAUCGGGAAAUUCACAUCCGGCGGGCGGCGAGUGCAGCAUUUCAAGAGCAUGUUGGACGCACCAGCUUAUUCCCACAUGGAAUUGAUGUCCUGCGCAAGACCGACUUUUACGCUGUGGGCAUUCGCCGGAAUGCAUUCCUCGUUGCUGCGCCACAGGUGGCAGAGCAUGCCGAGUAUCGGGGCUUUCUCUUCCAUCAUCUCUUAAACGUGACGGCGCGACAUUGGGAUGUGACCAUGCGGCAGUUGGGAGCUCAGUCCCUUCGGUGCAUCUGCUCCUCAGAUCUCCCGGUUCUCGGGCCUGAAGCCGUUGCGAGCAUUGAUCGGUUGCUGGAAUCCCCCGACAACGCAGAUCUGCAUGGGGCUUUGCUUGCUUUGGCGGAGAUUGCACAGGCCUACCACGAUGCGACUAAUAUCUCUGGCGAUGGAAAGCAACGGGGACUACGCGAUAUCUUUGCGCGUCUGGGUUCGGUAUCUGACACUGUCCUGAUGGGACCUCGGAACGAACUGAUCACUUCCGCGGCGUGCACUCUGAUCGCUCGCAGUCUCACCUCCACGGAGCUGGGAGCAGGGAGUGCCUCGUCGGUCCCGCAUUGGCGAAAACUGCUCGACUUUGGUCUCAAGCAUCGCAAUGUUGCGGUCCAAGAAGCGGCUUCCGAAGCACUCGGAGUUAGAAGCAGAUUGGCGGAUUGUUCGUCGCUUAUUGCCAGAUACGUCUUUUGUCGUGCGGUUCGCAUUGGUCGCUGACAAGACUCCGUCCACGUUGAUCCGCGAGAUCAAAAGUGCAUCCCCGAUCAUCCAACAGAAUCUGGGCAGAAUCCUCGGAGCCGUGGAUUAUGAUGCCUUUCCAGCCGCCCUGCCCGAUGCCUUGCGCUGUCUGCUGGAAUGUAUCGGGGCUCAUUCGGUCAACAACAAGUUCGGAGUUGAAGCACGCCGGACCUGCUAUGCUGCGGUUCCUCAAAUUGUGGCGAACAUAGUUCCGCACAUGUCUGAACGUAUGUCGACGGAGACUUUCAACCAUCUCCUUGAUGACAUGCUGCACGGUCUGGACGAUUAUACUGUCGACGAACGCGGAGAUGUCGGCUCCUGGAUUCGCCUAACUUGCCUGCGCGGUCUCACGUCAAUCUGCGAGACUGUCUUUCCACAUGCUGCCACCAUCGGUGCCUUCGAAGAAUACUUUCCCAGCCGGAAAUACCAUGCGAUCGUUGCCGGUGUUCUCAAACAAGGCGUCGAACGAUUAGACAACGUUCGACAAGACGCUGGCGAGUGUCUCGUGAGGCUACUGGGUUUGUCAGCACCGGAUGUCCGGUCCGGCCAAGCCUGGACACCGAACAGUGUGGUAUUUUUGCGUGAACUGUUUAUCAGCCCGCCCGAAAUGGUCAGCUGGAGCGACGGAGCCAGGUUUUUCCCGCAUGCUGUACGCCUGCUCGACAUUUCAUUGUAUCGGCCUUCCGUCCUUGCCGGUCUCGUGCUCAGUCUGGGAAGCAGAACGGAAAGCACGCAACGGCCCGCAAGCGCAAGCCUCGCCCAAUACUGCAAAGGCUUGCCACCGACGCCGGUGGCGCAAACAUCAGACGAACUGGGGUACAAUCUUCACGGUCUCACAGAAGACCUUCUCAAUCACGGGAAACGCCAUAUAUCCGCAAAUGGCAUUCUUGUUCCUGUGUUGCAGACAUUCAAUUUUCUCCUCGAGGCCGGAGCAUUGACACCUCUCGCGGGAGAGUCACAAGGACAGAGAAUGUUGCAAGAUCUGCACUCCCUUGCGAUUCGGAACAUCGGGAGAAUCAAGAGCAUACAAAGAAUCCAGGAAUCGAUGAAGAUAGUCGUCAAUCUCUUGAGUUUUCCAGUGGUGUUCGAACGAUGUGUGUCAAGCCUGCCCGAAUUUCUGGCCCAUCUUUAUCCGAGCAUCCGAGCUGCUUCUAGCGAAUAUCUCUAUCUUGUCUUGCAGGGAACUGAUAUUGGCCAUGAGACUGAUGAAGUGGAAGAGAUCUUGUUGGAGACAGAAUGGAGCUCCCCAGACUAUGAAUUGUCUAGAGAAGCCGCAGAGAGAGUAAGAGAGCUCUUUGCACACUAGCUAGUAUUGUUUGUGUCUGUGUAGAUCAGGAGCCAGUCGUGAGAACUUGCAUCACUUCUCGGCUCUCAGCGGUGCCGUCAUCACUUUCUGAGUUUACGGAGCUCGUCGUCUCGUCUCAUCCACUCGACGAAUCUUCAACUCUAUCAUGUCCAGUCCACGACUCAGCGACAAAGAGCUUGCUGCGAUUAACGCCGCUGCGGUGACCAAGGAGUAUCGGGUUCAACCUCAUCUCGACUAUAGGACUGUUUCUGCCAUCAACGGACCCCUGGUGGUGCUCGAUAACGUCAAAUUCCCCUCGUACAAUGAAAUCGUGCAGUUGACACUGCCUGACGGAACCAAGCGUGGUGGACAGGUGCUUGAGGUGCAGGGUAAGAAGGCGAUUGUACAGGUGUUCGAGGGCACAUCGGGUGUCGACGUCAAGGCUACGCAUGUUGAGUUUACCGGCAGCAGUAUGAAGCUACCUGUUGCGGAGGACAUGUUGGGUCGGAUAUUCAACGGCUCCGGUAACCCGAUCGACCAAGGCCCGAAGGUUUUUGCAGAGGAUUACCUGGACAUCAACGGCUCUCCGAUUAACCCCUAUUCUCGCAUUUACCCCGAAGAGAUGAUCCAGACCGGAAUUUCGACCAUUGACACGAUGAACUCUAUUGCCCGUGGGCAGAAAAUUCCCAUCUUCUCGGCGGCGGGGUUACCACAUAACGAGAUCGCAGCCCAAAUCGUGCGGCAGGCAGGUUUGGUGAAAGGGCCUACCAAGGACGCGCUGGACGGGCACGAGGACAACUUCUCGGUCGUCUUUGCCGCCAUGGGUGUCAACAUGGAAACCGCACGCUUUUUCAAAGAAGAUUUCGAAUCUAAUGGCAGUCUGGAUCGUGUUACUCUUUUCUUGAACUUGGCCAACGAUCCGACGAUCGAGCGUAUUAUCACUCCGCGAUUGGCGCUGACUACUGCCGAAUACUACGCUUACCAGUUGGAGAAGCACGUCCUCGUCAUACUGACGGAUAUGUCUUCAUAUGCCGACGCACUGCGAGAGGUCUCGGCUGCGCGAGAAGAAGUUCCUGGACGUCGAGGAUACCCCGGGUACAUGUACACCGACUUGUCGACCAUCUACGAACGUGCUGGACGAGUUGAGGGAAGGAACGGAUCGAUCACGCAGAUUCCCAUCUUGACCAUGCCUAACGAUGACAUCACCCACCCCAUUCCGGAUUUGACUGGCUAUAUCACUGAGGGCCAGAUCUUUGUCGAUCGUCAGCUGUACAACCGACAGAUAUAUCCCCCCAUCAAUGUUCUCCCGUCACUGUCCCGGUUGAUGAAGAGUGCUAUUGGGGAGAAGUUGACGAGGAAAGACCACGGUGAUGUCUCCAAUCAGCUGUAUGCCAAGUAUGCCAUCGGGCGUGAUGCUGCGGCGAUGAAAGCCGUUGUCGGUGAGGAAGCACUCUCGGCUGAGGACAAGCGUGCUCUCGAGUUUUUGGACAAAUUCGAGCGGCAAUUUGUGGGGCAAGGGGCGUAUGAAUCGCGCACUAUCUUCGAGUCGUUGGAUUUGGCCUGGUCGCUCCUUCGCAUUUUCCCGAAGGAAGAAUUGAACCGGAUCAACCCGAAGAUCAUCGCCGAGUUUUAUGGUCGCAAGCCGACAAAGAAGGCAGCAACUGAGCCGGAGGCAGAGGCAGCCAAGCCAGACGAGAAGCUUAUUGAUGCAUAGACCACAUCUGUAUGAUUUCUGAUGAACAGUCUUUCUUUAGUCGCGUGUCACUGCAGGUUAAUGAUGACCUCGUGGGUUACCGCGGAGAACAACAUGGGAGUGUGCGGACAAGUCAUGUCUUGGGAAGCUAUCACUUCAGCAGCCGAGUUUGAAAUGUCAUCAGGUUGGUAUCGGUCGGCCGUGGCCCGUCCUGCAUGAAGAUCGCCAUUUGCAUCUGUCUUCCGGACACGUUCAGCGACAGACAUCUAGGCAGCCGGCCAGCCGUUUCCUCCCGGCCCACAACGCAUUUCAUGCAUGCAUAUUGCAUGCUUCCCGGAGACUUUAUACAAAAAUUGUAUACCCGUCCCAGCGCCAAUUUAGCAUAAUUUUAUGGGCUAUCAGAUGGCCCUGUGUGCUAAUAAUUUCGAAUUCAAGCCCAAUCAUCUCGAGUUUGUUGAUAUGAUACCCCGAAUGGAUACCCUGAACGUCCAUGUUCCUCACGGCAUCGCGUGCUACAUAAAGAAUCUGCCCGGGCCAUGUGUUUCCCCUUACUUAUAUAGCCGCCUCGGAUACACACGCCCUCCCCUCCCCUCCCCGCUAGCCCAUGGACGAUGUCGCCGCGCACCUGAACCCUCGCAAGCGCAAGGCCGUUGACGACGACGUCGACCAGGAUCCCCUUCUCGUCCAAGUGGCAGAUUCUCUUUCCGGAGAAACCGCAUCUGCCUCCGUAGCCUCUUGGUUCCCGACGCCCCCCGCAUGGCCGACAUCCCUGGCUUUUCGACCAAAUCCCCAAAAACGUGCCCGUCUGCAAAAGCUCGCCCACCGAGCGUCUCCCAUGUCCCGUCGCCACUCCUCAAAGAGGACCUGUGUCAUUCGUUCGCCCCCGCCCCGGCUGGGAACGGACCUCGAAGACAUCGGUAUCGUCUCGACCACCGACCCUGGCCCUGCCUCCGGCUCGUUGCUCCGUCUGCGUGAUGCGGUGUUCGACAAGUCACCCGUCUCUCCGCCCUCGACGUUUUCUGUGCCUAUUGAUCCGAAUUCUACCCACAUUCCGCCUCUGCAGCCGCCUAUCAACAGGCACACCCUGAAGGAGUUGGACCUCGAUGUGAUCAUUCGGAACCCUCAGCUGCGGCACGACCUGCUUUUUGACCCUGGAUUGCAGUUCAGGCCGACCAGCACACGGCGCAAGACGGAGCGCGCUGAGAAGUAUUGGGUUGCCGUAACGUGCGAGCUGGAAUCAGGCUGCACUUGUGUCUCAUUUGACGUGCAUGGAAAGCCUCAUCCUACUGUAUGCGCUUGUGCGCAUGUGUCCACCCCGUCUUCCAAUCCCAUCAUCGCCUUCUCUCCGACACUCAAUGUGGCGACGUUGCGGAUGCCGUCUCGAGUACGCAUUCUGUUGGAAGAGUUUCUGCAGGUUAUCCUCCUCGUCAUACAGCCGAUGUCGGGCUGUGUUCAGGCUCCCCCAAGCCAAGACCGGCGGGAGGAACAUUGUGUGCAGACCGAAUAUCUGCGCUCUGUGUUUGACCCGGCUUUGAUUGAGCAGGAGCUGGCCCACGGCGUGUUCGAUCCAUCGAGUUUAUUUCGAGCAAUCGGUCUUACAUUACAAGGUCACUGCGCGCCGAUGCGAGAUCAGGCGGUUGAGAUGAUGGUCCAGCUGGCGCAAUCUUGCUCUCCCGGUGGCAACGGUACCAAGGCGGACGCUGUCAAGGCUGUAAGGAUGUGCAUGGAUAUACUUGAGCUCAUGAAGUUGGAUAUUGCUAAUCACCAGCUUCAAACUCUGCGACCGUUUUUGCUUCGAACGUCCGGCCAAUUCGAGUUUUGGUCCUUUACUCAACGCAGCAGCCCUUCUUCCGAGCGGUGCUGUUUCCAAAAGACCCGGCGCUGGUUAACUUCCGCGCAUGAAACUUUAAUGACCCGCUCGACGCCGAUCGCACAUCCUCUCUACCCUCCUAAUUACCUCUGCUAUCCAACUCUGCAGCGAAACCAGCAAGUGUAUCUCGCCGUGCUGAAGGGCCUGACGGAUCUGGCAUUCACACCUCCGUCUCCGGCAACGCUGACUCAACUCCCGACGUCCCACGCCCCGAUUCCAGCAUCUAAAGCACCUGCGGAGUAUCCCGAGACGGUCUAUCUGGACACGUCUCGGAUCCUGUUGCUGAGCACUGAUGCUGUCGACCUGUCCGCUCUGUACAUGUUCUUGUUGUUGCAUCGGCAACUGGGGUCACGCGCUCAUCCGACAGCUGAGGUCCUGAGAAUCAAACAAGAGAUUCGAGACAUAGGCUCGUCCCGCCUCGGCUAUGCCUUCUACUGCGAGAGCCCGCCGGAGUCUGAGGUCGACACGGACGAGCUCCUGAAAUGGAAAAAUCUCAAGGAGAGCGUCGUGCUGCAGAUCGUCAGGCGAGCCAAGAAUGAAACUGUCGACGGGGCAGUCGUGCGUCUCGCGCAAGACUGGGCGAGCCAUAACAUCCGCCACGGUUCGACCCUCGGCGAUAUGCUCCGGAUCCGGUUGCGGGAUGCUGUCUUUUCGGCAGUGGUGUCUCUUGCCUAUCCUGGCCGGGAUGCCACGAGCGGUUGUCUGUCAAGCAUCGAUCUGGCGACCUUUGGGAGAACAGCCGACCUAACGCUGCCCUCGGGCAUGGAGGCCCUGGAGGAGGAGAUCGGCUCCCUCGCAGAACACAUUGCGCGCCUGGCACUCAUCCAUGUCAACGCAUAUCUGCCUCUGUAUGAGACGGAGGAUUUUCUGCAAGUAUGAAGAAGUGAAAUAAAAAACGAAGUCCGACGCAUAGCAUAUUCAUUUUCAUCGCAUUACAUACCACUGCAUUUCUGUAUACCGUUUUUGGAUACCUGACCUCAAUACGACAUAGACUCUUAUCGCACCCUGGGCUCAGAAAUCUUGCGCGGCUGUCCGGAUAUGAAAUCGGAGCACGUGUUUCGAGAGUACGGGAAUUCGUUCCCAGACAACAGAAGAUGCCCGUGCGACCCAAGAUCCCGGGCAUAGGCUCAGUUGCAACGGAUAGCUCUCCGGACGGGAACUAUUGACCCCGAAAGGAGGGAAUUUCAAUCCGAAUUUGCGCGUAGACACCUAUCAUGCGCCGGUGGAUUGAAUGACCGACGCCGCCACUCGCCAAAGAUAUCUUUCAA